AUGAAAGACUCCUACAUCGUCAAGAAUCAAGAAAGCUCGAAUGAGCAAGUCCAAAUUGUAGGUGAUACUUAUCGUUUUUUUUUUUUUUUUAAUAUCAAGGGCAUAAUUAUGAUCGAAUAGGUUCUUCAAGGUCAAACAUUUAAGCAAAAGUAUUAUAGUUGGGUUCUAAUUAAGCUCAGGGAACGAGUAAAAAAGAAAAGGCCAUAUUUGUGGAAGAAAAAUACGUGGAUUCUACAUCAAGACAAAGCGCCUGCACACAAUGCUUUAUCUGUUAAGCAGUUUUUAGCCAAUAAACGCAUUCCGGCACUCGAGUAUCCUCCAUAUUCACCAGAUUUAACACCCUGCAAUUUUUAUCUAUUUACAAAAAUAAAAACUGCGUUGAAGAGGAUUCAUUUUCGAUUCGUGGAAAAGGUGAAGACUAAAGCGGCGGACCUACUUAAGGGCUUGGCGUCUAAAGAGUUGCAACACUGUUUCGAGCAAUGGAAGACACGAAUGAAACGGUGUAUAAUAAAUGGUGGGAAGUCUAUAGAAGGAGAUCGUAUUUAA